AUGGCACGCAACUCUGAAAAGGCUCAGUCCAUGCUUUACCGCUUCCGCGAGCAGCAGGCGGUUGAGAUGGGCCUCGGCAACCGCGUGCGCGGCGAGCGCAGGCCGCGCAUGGCCUCGUCCGUCUCGAGCCUGCGCGAAUGCGAGCGCUGGCGCGGCGACAUCAUGAAGGACAUUAGCCGCAAGGUCUCCAAGAUCCAGGACUCAUCGCUCACCGACUAUGAGAUCCGCGACCUGAACGACGAGAUCAACCAGCUCAUGCGCGAGAAGCGGCACUGGGAGACGCAGAUUGUCAACCUCGGCGGCGCAAAUUACAAGCGUGCGCAGACGUCCAUGUUUGACGACGACGGAAAGGAGGUGCCGGGGACGCGGGGAUACAAGUACUUUGGACGCGCACGCGAGCUGCCUGGUGUCAAGGAGAUGUUUACAAAGGGUGCCCAAGCAGCGACAGAAGAGUCGGCGCGUAAUGCCAGCUUCCAGAUGUUUAGGAACCAGGGGCCAGACUACUUUGGCGACACGGACGAGAUGGACGCGGGUCUGGCCGCUGCUGAAGAGGCCGCGCAGAGGGAAGACUGGGAACGCGCCGUGAGGGAUACAGCUGCGAUCCUUUCGCUCGACGAUGACGCGACGCUCCCGCCCUACCCCGAGCCCAGCAAGCCGCCACCUGCACCAGCAGCACUCGACGCCGAUGCCGCGGGCAAGCGCAAGUCUCCAGAGCCCGAGGAGGAGGCGCAGCCCGAGGCCGGGAGCAAGAAGAAGAAGGGAGGAAAGGCGGCCAAGGGCAAGAAGGGCGCUGCUGCUGCUGCUGCUCCACCCCCGCCGCCGCCCGGUGGACCUGGGGCGCAGGCUGUCGACGCGAGCGCCGUGGCCGCUGCUCAGGCUGCCCAGGCUGCUCUUGCUGCCAGCUUUAUGAGCGUGUUUGACGCUGCGGCCCUUGCUGCUCCUGUGCUCCCGGACCACGAGGAGAUGGGCAAGAUUCUGCUGGAGCGGAGAAAGGCGGCGCUGCGCGAGGAGUAUGGUGUUUAA